AUGUCCUUUGCGUGUUUCGUGCCUUUAUGGGACUUGUGGGACUUGUGGGGCUCCAAGGGACACCGGCUACGAAAGGACGACGUGUUCGGUCUCUGUUUGGUAGGUAUCGGAAUCAUCAGUGUGAUAGGUGUGACGGCUCCCGUUCCAGCAUCAGUGCCGCGCUCUGCAGCGUUCGCUUUGCCCGCUAACGCAGUUACUUUGGAAAACCGAGAGAGACCGGCGUCGGCUUCAGUCAUUCAUGGCUAUCCACGCAUAGUGGACGGCGACACCCUGGCGUUUGGUACAACGCGAGUGCGGCUCUUCGGUAUGGAUGCUUUUGAACAGCGCCAGCGCUGCCGACGGCCUAUCCACAACACGGCUCCAGACGCUGCCCCGCUGAAGUUCGAUACCUACCGCUGUGGCCUGCAGGCGACGGAGCAUCUUCGUGCGCUCAUUGGCGCCCGCCCCGUCACCUGUGUCCCACGAGGACGCGAUCCUUUCCAGCGCAUUGUCGCUAUCUGUUCAGUCGAAGAGGCGAGCGGCGAGACCCUGGACCUCGGUCGUGCGAUGGUGCGAGACGGUUGGGCUGUAGCGUUCCGAAAAUUUAGUACCAUGUACGUCCCGGACGAAGAGGAGGCUCGCAGAGAGCAUCACGGGGUCUGGGCUGCUUCUCAAGAAACGAAUGACGAGACGCUGUUAUUUGAGUGGCCAUGGCAAUGGCGUUACGAGGAACGUCGUGACACGCAGCGGCGUCACUAG